AUGAUUACAUUUAUAGCUGCCAAAAAUAGUAUGAUUGAUAAUCUAUGCAGAAAGAAAGCAAGUUUGGUGCCACGGCUAAACAAAUCCCAGGCUAAACAAAUCCCAGGCUAUCAGUUUGGUUAUAGCAAUCGUGAUCAACGAAAAGGUGGCGGCGUUGGUUUCUACAUUAAAACGUCGAUCAAGUUUAAGGAGAGGAAAGACAUUAAUGAACUUGACAAAACAAUAGAGCAUCAGUGGAUUGAAAUUUCUGGUAAAUGCAAAAGAUCUAAUAUCCUUCUUGGUACGGUAUAUCAGCCAAGUAGUAAACCUGCCGAUAAACUAUCAUGGCUAGAAAAAUUUGAUAACUUGUUGUCUCAGAUUGUUGCAAUGAAUGAAGGUUCAAUUAUUAUUACAGGUGACUUCAAUAUAAAUUUAAAUAAAUCGACAGUCGAAAGCCGUCUUUAUCUGGACAUUCUUGAAACGUAUAAUAUGUCACAACAAGUUUCUAAGUCAACAAGAAAGGAUGUUGCUAUGAUUGAUCACAUCAUUUCUGACCAGUCUUUAAAAACCAUUUAUGAGGAUAUUGUUUACUGUGGUGAAAUUAGUGACCAUGACGCACCAUUUUGCAUCUUUAAGAGUAAACCUGCCAAAUACAAUCCGAGGUACAAGUUUGUCCGUGAUGAAAGAAUUAUUGAAGACUUCAGCCGAGUUCCGUUAAGCAUCGUUUAUACCAUGGAAGACAUGUCCGACAAACUAAAUGUGUUAAACACUUUGAUCAUAGAAUGCAUAAAUACACACGCACCUCUUAAACGGGUUAAACUUACUAGGCCACCAGCACCUUGGAUGAAGGAACUUAAAAUAACUGAGCUUCAACGUGAACGGAACCGUCUAAGGAAGGAAGUACGUGGGACUACUAACAACAUACAAUGGAAUCUGCUAAGAGCUAUUCGUAACAAGCUUAAAAAGCAGAUAAGCUUAACUAAAUCAAUUUUUUUGAGAAAACUUAAAAAUAAAAGCACAAAAGAUGUGUGGAAAGUCAUUAACAAAAUCCUCCACCCAAAUCCGAAAAAUGUCAAUGUAAAUCCUGAUGCCGUUAACGAAUUCUUCAAUAGUACUGCUACAAGAACAACCGGAAUAAACAAACACCUUCCAGGGACAACAACUUCUCAGAUGAACAGUUUUACUGAUAAACCUAACUCUUUUCAAUUAACACAUGCUACUUUCCAAGAUGUUAUAAAUGCAAUUAGAUCCUCACGACUUGACUGUUCAACGGGAUUUGAUAAUAUUCCCGCAAGGUAUAUAAAAUAUGUUGCUGACUAUAUCGCCUCGCCGUUAACGCAUAUUAUUAACUGCUGUAUUGAUAAUCCCACCUUUCCAGAGCAAUGGAAAAUUAGUCGUAUUUGUCCGAUCCCUAAAGUAACAAAUCCUUCUAAUCUAGCUGACUACCGUCCAAUAAGUGUCCUACCAGUUCUGUCCAAAGUAUUCGAGAGGAUUAUAUUGAUGCAAAUCACGAACUUCAUCGAAAAAAGCUCAGUCUACUGUUCAACACAAUCUGGAUAG